AUGAGGACGAACUUAGGUCCUGCCAAACACGAUGGCCCAGGACCCGGCGGCCUGAAGGACACUUGUGUGCCCACCAGCCUGCAGAUGGACAGCGCGGUGACCCUGGCGGAGGACGUGGUGGGAGACGUGUCCUGGCUGGACGAGGGCUUCCUGAAGAAGGCGCUGCAGGCGGCGAGCAGCGGGUCGCGGGACCAGGACAUCGCGGUGCGGCGCGCGACCGUCUGCAUGGCCACGUCGCCCGGCGACAACUACUUCAGCCUCAUGUACCGCGUGCGCGCGCAGUUCUCGAGGGCCGGCGGGGCGCCGGAGAGCGCGUCCUUCAUCGUGAAGGCGCUGCCGGCGGAGGGGCCGGUGCGGCAGAUGGUGCUGGACUGCGGGAUCUUCGCGCGCGAGGUGGCCGCCUACUCGUCGCUGCUGCCCGAGCUGCACCGCCUGCUGGGCGCCGGCUGCCCCAGGGUCGCCGCCCAGGGGCUGUGCUGGGAGCUGGCCCCCGCGCCCCGGCUCGCCAUGGAGGACCUGGCGGCGCUGGGGUUCGCGACGGCGCCCCGGCGACUGGGGCUGGACCUCGCGCACUGCCGGCUCGUGCUGGAGACCCUGGGCAGGUUCCACGGCGCGGCGGCGGUGCUGGCCGCGCGCCGGCCGGACGUCGUCGCGCCCUUCAGGGACAACCCCUUCGCGGCCGCCGCGGACUGCGGGGUGCGCCGGCUGCUCACCAACACCCUCUCCGCUCUGGGCGUCGCGGCCGAGGGCUGGCCCGGGCACGAGGCGUGCGGCCGCAAGCUGCGCCAGCUCUCCCCGGGCUACUUCCACAAGGUCGUCCGGGCCAUGUCGCGAGACGAGUCGUCCUUCAACACCGUCAACCACCUCGACCUGUGGGUCAACAACGUCAUGUUCGCGCACACCGAGGAGCGCCCCGUGGCCGCGCGGUUCGUCGACUUCCAGAUGCCGUACGUGACGUCACCGGCCGUCGACCUGCUGUACUUCCUGUACACGAGCCCCUCGCCCGAGGUGCGGGCGGGUCACCGGGACGACCUGCUGGCCUGGUACCACGCCUCGCUGACGGGCACCCUCCGUGUGCUGGGGCACCCCGAGCUGCUCCCCGCGCUGCAGCAGCUCCGCCACGAGGUGCGCCGCAGGGAGUUCUACGGCCUGUUCGCCGCCUGCAGCAUCAUGCCCUUCGUGCUGAGCGGGCCGGGCCGCGCGCCAGCCAUGCAGGACGUCAUCGGGGAUUCGCCCGACAUCGACCCGCGGGCCUUCUACUCCCGCGAGUACGUCGCCGAGAUCCAGAAGCUCCUGCGGGUCUUCGAUGCCAGGGGCUUCCUCGACUAG